AAAAAACCUUUUACUGAAGUAAUUAAAGCCAACAUUGGAGAUGCACAUGCAAUGGGACAGAGGCCAAUCACCUUCCUCCGUCAGGUAGUGGCACUGUGUACAUACCCAAACCUGCUGGACAGCCCAAGUUUUCCAGAAGAUGCUAAAGAGCGAGCCAGACGGAUCUUGCAGGGUUGUGGAGGAAACAGCUUAGGAUCUUAUAGUGCCAGUCAAGGUAUAAAUUGCAUCCGUGAAGAUGUUGCUUCAUAUAUUGAAAGAAGAGACGGAGGGGUUCCUGCAGAUCCAGAUAAUAUAUAUCUUACUACUGGGGCAAGUGAUGGUAUUGCUACAAUUUUAAAGAUCCUGGUCUCAGGAGGUGGAAAAUCCCGAACAGGAGUGAUGAUCCCUAUACCACAAUAUCCCUUAUAUUCUGCAGCCAUAUCUGAACUAGAUGCUAUCCAGGUGAACUACUAUUUGGAUGAAGAAAAUUGCUGGGCUCUAGAUGUGAAUGAACUUCGCCGUUCCUUGAAUGAAGCUAAGGCAUAUUGCAAUCCAAAAGUCCUCUGCAUCAUCAACCCUGGAAAUCCCACAGGACAGGUGCAAAACAGAAAGUGCAUUGAAGAUGUGAUACACUUUGCUUGGGAAGAGAAACUUUUUCUUCUGGCUGAUGAGGUUUACCAGGACAAUGUGUACUCUGAAGGAUGCCAGUUUCAUUCUUUCAAAAAGAUUCUGUAUGAGAUGGGACCCGAGUACUAUAACAAUGUUGAGCUGGCCUCUUUUCACUCCACCUCUAAGGGAUACAUGGGCGAAUGUGGCUACAGAGGAGGUUACAUGGAGGUCAUUAACUUGCACCCAGAAAUUAAAGGACAGCUUGUUAAGCUGCUUUCUGUUCGCCUUUGUCCUCCAGUCUCAGGACAAGCAGCAAUGGAUAUUGUAGUGAAUCCUCCAAUACCUGGAGAAGAAUCUUAUUCACAGUUCAUAAAGGAGAAGGAGUCCGUUUUGAACAAUCUUGCCAAAAAAGCCAAACUAACAGAAGACAUGUUUAACAAAGUACCAGGAAUUCACUGCAAUCCACUUCAAGGAGCUAUGUAUGCUUUCCCACGGAUCUUUAUUCCUUCCAAAGCCAUUGAGGAAGCAAAGGCUCAUAAAAUGGCACCUGAUAUGUUCUAUUGCAUGAAACUUCUGGAAGAGACCGGAAUAUGUGUUGUACCUGGAAGUGGAUUCGGCCAAAGAGAAGGAACCUACCACUUCAGAAUGACCAUUCUUCCUCCAGUAGAGAAGCUGAAGAUCCUACUGGAGAAAGUGAAAGACUUCCACAUAAAGUUUCUUGAAAAAUAUGCAUGAAACUACUGUGGCUUUUUCCCCUCAUCCCCUCCUCUUCAAGGCGAAUGCAGAAAAUGAACAAAGAUGUGCUGAGAAUGUGCUGUUCAUCUAAUUUAACUAAAUUCAAAAUAUAUAACCAAUAUCAGAUACUGCUACAACUUACUGGACUAUUAAGUUUAAUGUCUGGUAUAGAAGACAUUGGUACACCAACUCUUUUUUUAAGGGGAAGG